AUGGGUUUGGCAGCUACAAGAACAAAACAGCGGUUUGGUUUGGACCCCAGGAAUACGGCAUGGAGUAACGAUACGUCGAGGUUCGGGCACCAAUUCCUAGAAAAGUUCGGAUGGAAGCCUGGUAUGGGUCUCGGUCUAUCCCCCAUGGACUCACAAACUUCGCAUAUAAAAGUAUCGAUUAAGGACGACAACGUUGGACUCGGCGCAAAACUGAAGCGUAAGGAGAAAAAAGACGAGUUUGACAACGGCGAGUGCGCUGGGUUGGACGUCUUUCAGAGAAUCCUUGGUAGGUUAAACGGAAAAGAAAGCGAAAUAUCCCAGGAAUUGGAUACGCAGAGGAAGCAGAAAAUCAUCGACGGAAAAUGGGGUAUCAGCUUUGUCAGGGGAGAAGUUCUGGCAAGUACUUGGGACCCGAAGACUCACAAACUAAAAAAAUAUUCAAAUAUGAAAAAAAGAAAGAGUGAGGGAGACGACAGCGAAGAUGAGGACGAGGAUGGAAAAAGUGAGAAAACGAAGCACAAAAAGCAUAAAAAUCUCAAGAAACACAAGAAGCACAAAAAAGACAAGAAGGAGCACAAGAAACACAAGAAGGAGGAGAAAAAGCUGAAGAAGGAGAAAAGGGCCAAAGAUACGAAAAGAACGUCGAAAUUGAAAUCCAGCAAAUCUGCGUCUAAUAUCCCAGAUGCAGUAAACACAAGGCUAUCAGUGCGCUCUAAGUGGAUCAGACAAAAGAGGGCUGCAUUGAUGGAUUCCAAGGCAUUGAAUGAGAUCUUCAUGAUAACAAACGACUAA